ACAUAGCACACGAGGUUAGAGGGAGACGCGGAGCUGUGAGCGGGAGGCGGCGCUCAUGGCAGCAGCUGGAGGGGAUCCCCGGACAAUGCUGUGUAUGACAGGGGCUGGAGUGAGGGAAUCCCCGGAGCCGAGCUGGAACCUGCAGCAUCUCAUCCCUUGUGUCUGAGAACCAUUAGCAUUGCCUCUAUGGACAAUCUCUCGUAAAACUGUGGCCCCCGUGUGUCUUAUGUGGACGUAGCUGAUCGCCUCUCUCAAGACCAGAUCUGCUGUAGUUAAUGAGGCAGCCGCCCAGUGAGUGUGACAUGGCUCUCAGCGGGACCUUGCUGCCAUCCAUCUCCACCUUUACAUCGGGGACUCCGGGCAAGGACAAAGUGUUGAGACAGGCAAGUGUUGGCGACAGGUGGAGAGAAGAGUUGUCCCACAUGAAAAGACAUCCUGCACUUAACCAGUCUCGGCCCUAUGAUGGUGUAGAGGGCCACGCUACUGCUUUUGGGUCUCGCAGAGAUCAAGAGGAAUUUAAUGAGUUACUGGACUUUGAUUUUAUACUCUCUAAUUCUCUAAUUCAUCAGGAGUCUAUGCUGGCAUCUUCCUCGUCUUCUUCCUCUGCUACUGCCUCAUCACCUCCACCGGCUGUUUCACUACCAGACAGCAUGUCUGCGCUCUCGCCACCUGCCAACUGUAAUUUUACCUACCAGCUAUCUUGCCCUCAGGAAGUACCUGGAGGCACCACUCUUAUAUACAGUUCUAGGGAAUCCACUGUGCCAAACCCCACUUUUAACCUGGCGGAUAUAAAUGACGUGUCUCCUUCUGGUGGAUUUGUGGCUGAGCUUUUGAGACCUGACUUGGACCCUGUUUAUAUGCAACAAGCACAGGCGAGUCUACAAGGUAAAUUUGUACUGAAGGCUGCUGUGGAUAUGAGUGAUUAUGGCCAGUCCGUCAGUGUUAGAAAGGCUGGUUCUGGUAUGGACAGUCCCAUGGUAUACAAUAGCCAUCAACUGCCAAGGAUGUGUCAAAAGAUCAAGCAGGAACCGUCUGCUGCUUGCUCUGUCUCAUGCCAAAUGGAUGGACAAGGUCAGCAGUCGCAAGGACAGCAUGACUUCCAAGUGGUCAGGGUGCUGCCAAGCAGGACUAACCAACCUUUGUCCCCAGAUGAGCUAAUGGUAAGAGAUUGCCAUGCUUCCCCUCAGGCGUUAAGUCACCCCUCUCUGUCAAUACCUCCUGGCUACCACACUUCUGCAAGCUUUCCUCACUUUUCACCAGACCAGCAGCCUCAGCUUCCUCCAACUCAGCUUCAAUAUCAAGGUCAGUCUUACCUAAAUAUUUUUGAAGAACCUUUAAACUUUCAACUAUUGAAACAAGAAGUGAUGCUGACUCCACCCUCUUCACCUCUAGAGCUUUUAACCCCGGGCAGCUGCAUGUCUGAAGAAGUUAAGCCUAAGAGGGGUCGCAAGUCCUGGCCAAGGAAAAGAACAGCUACUCACACUUGUGAGUAUGCAGGCUGUGGAAAGACCUACACCAAAAGUUCACAUCUAAAGGCCCACCUGCGCACACAUACAGGUGAAAAGCCAUACCACUGUGACUGGGAAGGCUGUGGGUGGAAAUUUGCUCGCUCCGAUGAACUGACGCGCCACUACCGGAAACACACUGGUCAUCGGCCUUUCCAGUGCCAGAGAUGUGACCGAGCGUUCUCUAGGUCAGACCAUCUUGCCUUGCACAUGAAAAGGCACUUCUGAGUGCAUGAAGUAGUCACCGACUAAAUACUGCCAUAGGAUUUUCAGUAUUUGUGGGACAUACAAUACAUGGGGAUGGGAGGAAAACAAAUGUAAGCACUACAAGCUGCCAUGUUUUGUGAGGAAGCAAGAAUUGGGAGCCUGAAAUAACUGCAUAACCAUUCUCUACUGCAUGUCGGAGAACAUACUAAUUUAAUGAACAGUUUCUAAGAAAAUGGGUCUUUGACUGGAUCUUCAAUCAUUCCAUUGUUGGAUAAAACUGGACUUGUUUGUGGACUUGAUCUUAAGGGUCAAUGACUGGAAAAUGGUGGUUGCACUAUUCACACAUCUCCAAUGUAGGCCCACCUGCUGCUGUCCUGUAUUCUCAUCUAGCUCCACCAGCCAGGUGAAGGGCUUUACAUGCUACACCUCUCUUGUUACCAAAGAAAUGUGUAAUAUUUGAGGAAGUCAGAAUUUAAUCUUU